AUGGACCUUUUGAAGGCUCAUUCAGAAAUUUCAUCUUUGAAGAAAAAUCUUCAAGACUUGAGGUCCAACAUUGAUAGAGAACACCAUAAACUCUAUCAGGAGGCAGUGGAACUUGCAGCUACAAUUGGGCUUGACCCCUGUAAGCCUAGAAUUAUUCCAGUGCAAGCACAUAGAAAUAAUAAUCCAUCAGAUUCUAUUGAAGGGCAUUAUAGAGUUAAUCUUUCUGUUGUUUUUCUUGAUCAUGCUUUAAAUCAACUUGAAACUAGGUUCCCUCCUGAAGCCUAUACAUGUUACAGUGGGUUUUCUAUAGUUCCCACUGUUAUGUUGGCAAACCCAUCCACAUGGAAAAAUUCUGUUACACUAUUUUGCCAACAUUAUUCUAGUGACAUCCCAAAUGUCAUUGGUUUGCCUGCCGAAUUAACUUUAUGGCAAAGAAGAUGGGAAGAUAAGGUUGAGGAAGUUGGUAUAGACAAACUUCCUGACAGGGUAUCCAAAACACUAAUAUCUGUAGACCCUGUAGCUUUUCCAAAUAUUUUUACUGUAUUAAAGAUAUUGGCAACUAUUCCUGUCACCUCCUGUAGCUGUGAAAGGUCAAUUUCAUCUCUCAGACUUCUUAAGAACUAUUUAAGGAACACUACAGGCCAGGAAAGACUAAAUGGUUUGACCCUAAUGCAUGCACAUAAGGCAAUUUCUCUGGAUUAUGAACAGAUCAUUGAUCUGUUUGCUACCCUUCAUCCAAGAAGAAUGAGAAUGGUGCAUAUUUUAUGUAGUGAUGACUAAAUUGACUAGUUAUUCAUGACUAUAUGACAUGUUAAUUUAUGUACAAAUGUGCAUGAUUAAUUGAAUAUUAAAUGCACAUACAGUAUAUAUUUGAUCAAAUGCAUACAGCCAUAAAGAACAAUAUUAAGCUAGCAACUUAAUACACAUGAAUUCAUAAAAUGUUUCACAUUUUGUUAGGCACAUUUGUAUGUGUUUUAAAUAUUUCCCGAUAAUCCCUUCUUUGACUUCUAAGUUUCUUCUUUGGAAGUGGUGGUUUGCUUUGACAUAUACUGAAUAACUGAAAUGUUACUUUGCUAACAAUGGUCAACUGCAUACGAUUCAGAUCAUCCAGUGAUAUCCUAAGAUGUUGUAUAACUUUGAAAGAACAGUGGUAGUUGUGUGCCAAUUGUCAUUGUCAUCUUACAUUACUGACGUGAAGUCACAGUGAAGAUAGCAGAAGAACAAAUGAACAAUGACAUAUUCAUAUUGAUCAUUGACAUAAAGUAUAAACUUAAAGGUUCUUUUUUAGAGACUGCAAAUGCCUCAAAAAAAAAAAAAUGAACUUUAAUUGUUAAUUUGUGUUUAUUCCAGGACCUGGACCCCCUCCCUCCCCUUAGCUAACUCGCGCCUCACGGUGAGAGCUAGUGUUGUCUUGGAAACUAGUCACAAGAACGUCUAGAUCCACCCCUGCAACAAACAGUUUCACGCGCAAUUUUACGCCUGUAUCUUUCACUAGGAUUCCAAGGUCUAAACUUUAAUCUAAAAUAAUGCAUGGUCGUUUUUUCCCUAAAGUGUUCUAAUAUUUAAAACAUAGUCCC